GGGCUAGGUGCGGGGGCUAGUGCUGUUAGGGAACCCAGGCGUCCCGCCUUCCAGGUCUCCCUGCUCCCACCCCCGGCCCUACUGCUCCUCCAGGGAGCCCAGGCGUCCUGCCUCCCCCUGCCCUCCCAGCAGGGCCGGGACCCGGUUGCCCAGGUGCCCGCAGGCCGGGACGAUGCUGGAGGAGCCGGCGCUGCCGCUUUUCACGGCCAAGGGGGAUCAGGCGCGGGGGCUGCUCAACACAGAGAUAGGGCCCCUGCAGCAGCAGCUCCGAGCCGGCGAGUACGAGGCCUUCCGCUACGCCCCGCUCUUCGAGAGCGACUUCAUCCAGAUCAGCCGCCGGGGGCAGGUGGUCGACGUGCACAACCGGGUGCGGAUGGUGACAGUUGGCGUGGCCUCCACUAGCCCCGCCCUUCUGGUGCCCAACGUGCUGCUGGUGGCCCGCCCUGUGCUGCCCUCUGACAGCCCCGCCCUCCAUGCCUGUGCCGGGCCUGCCCCUCGGACUCUGGAGCUGACCAGGCUGCUGCCCCUGCGCUUCGUGAAACUGUCGGUCCACGACGAGGGGACCCAGCAGUUGCGGCUGCGCCUGGCCAGCGGCCGCUCCUUCUACCUGCAGCUCUGUUCCCCCUCGGACGCUGCUGCCACCCGGCGCCUAUUUGCCCUCUGGGUCCAACUCAUCCACCUGCUGCGGCCCCCAGCUGAGUCUGGCCCUACAGAGCUGCCGCCCCUAGCCCCCGAACCCAGUCAGGAUGCUGUCGGGAGCCUGGCAUCAGUGCCCCCACACGAGGUGGACCCGGCAGCCGUGAGCAUCCGCAGUGUGCAAACCCCCAGUCCCCCGGCUUCGUCCAGCCGCAGCCCCUCGCCCACCCGGCGCCCAGGCAGCCCCACGGCCGGCUCCAAGCACGUGUGUGCGGACGGGGACCUAAGCAGCAAUGGCAACCCCAGCCCCCACUCAGUGCCCAACCCACUGCCCCGCGAGCAGAGCCAGGGCCAGGCCCGGGGACGCAGCCCCCCGGGGAGCAGGAGCGAGGCUGCCCGGCCCCGUCCCCGCGGCGCCGCCCGCAGUAAAUCGUCCCGGGGCCAUCGGCCGAGCCGGCUGCUGGCGCUGGUCAAGUCGCUGUCGCGGGGCAGUCUCGGAACCAAGGGCAAGAGCAAGGCCCCCCAGGCGCCCUGAGGAUUCCCCGCAACGAGCGGACGCCAGAAGGAGGGACUGCUUGAGUAAACGGAGCAGACGGGA